CAUGAUUAGACUGAAGAUAAACAUUACCAGGCGGUCCCAAAGAAAAUGGUUAGUAAAAUGGGAAAAGCAGAGUGGAUCCUGGAUAAGGUGGGGAUAGCAUGGGGUAUAGCUGGAACACUUCUGCUGAUUGGUUGUUUAUGCUAUUCUCACCUCAAGCGCUGCUGUAAACACCUCCGGCACAAAAUCUCUACGCAAUCCCAUGAUCAUAUCUCAACAGAGUUUCACUUUACCCCAGAAGAUGUCUCCGAUGGUGUGAUAAUGAGUCCAAUAUUUAGACCUUUUCAUGAAAACCAUAGAAAAACAGUGCUGUCCAGUGACCAACACGUCGGAAUGGAUGAACAUGAUAAAUGGGAGAACACUGGUUAUGUUGGAGAACUGUUCUCACCACCAAGGACUCAUUUCAGUCAUCAGAAAAUACCUAUCAGCACAACUGUUCGCCCGCAUGGCGCAGUGGUGAAAGUGUCUACUCUAGAGUCGCAAAGUACGCCGCAGAUUCAAAUCUAG